GUGGGGGUAUGCUGUGAAGGUAACUUUCACAACAACGAAUUUUCCCAACUAAAACCAAUUUAAGUAGUUUUUUAUUAUAAUGGAUACAUCAACGGGAAGAAGACGAGUAAAUAUCACCGUUGAAAACACUGAAAAUUAUAUAGAAUAUUCCCAUGACCUUAGCAUGUAUGAUAAAGCUCCUGAUAAUAUUAUUUCUCUAAAUGAAUUUGAAGAAUUAGCUUUAGAAAGAUUACAGUUAUUGAGAAUAAUAGAACAAGCAUCUGCCAGAGGCCACAAGCAAUUUUCGGAAGACUGGAAAAAGUAUAUUAAGGAAGAACUAGCUAAACUUGGAUUAAAAAAAUAUUUAAGAUUACUUCUUGGUUACAAUGGACAAAGUGAACAAGAUAUACAAGCAAGAAGAGCCGAUCAUUAUUCACAUUUUAUCCUGAGGCUUGCAUAUUGCAGAUCAGACGAUUUAAGAAGAUGGUUUUUAAGUAGGGAACUUGAGUGGUUUAAAUUGAGGUUUAUUGUUCAAAACCAACAGGGAAUUAUGAAAUUUUUACAACUAAAUAAUCUUACCUAUGAUCCCAUAUCAUCAGAUAUUAAAGAAAAACUAAAGCAAGAAUUGUUGGCAUCUACAGCAGGGAUAACCGAAGGCAUGUAUUAUUCAGUAGAUUUUUAUAAAGUACCAUUUACUGAAGUUUUAACAUUGGUGAAGAAUAGGAAAGUGUUUUUGGAGAAUGGUUUUGCCUUUAUACCCACUUCUGAGUUGGUCGUGUCGAUUCAAACCCAAUUUAGAGCAAUUUUAAAUGAGGCUUUAAGCCUUUACAACCAACGCCUUCCCUCACUUGAUGAUGAUCGGGUAAACUCAUUGUUGGAUAAUCUUCAUAAUCUUUACACAGGCAAAACUCAUAUUGUAGAAGAUUCAAAAGAUGGAAGUAUUAAUCCCGCCAAUUUAGACGUAUACUCUCAAAAACACUUUCCACUAUGUAUGAGACAUUUGUACAAUAUGUUAAAAUCAAAUCAUCAUCUUAAACAUUUCGGAAGACUGCAACUAAGUUUAUAUUUAAAAGGAAUAGGACUUGCUUAUGAGGACGCUAUGGAAUUCUGGAGAGAAGAGUUCACUAAGAAUCCCCAGAUUGACCAGAAUAAAUUCGACAAGAGUUAUUCAUAUACUUUUAGGCAUUCAUAUGGUAAAGCUGGUGGGAUGACAAAUUAUUCUCCUUACAGCUGUAUCAAAGUAAUUAUGAGUAAUGUUGGACCAGGCGAACAUCAUGGCUGUCCGUUUAAACACUGGGAUCAAAGUAUAUUGAAAAGUAAAUUAGGAGAACUUGGAAUACCAACACAAGGUAUAACCUCUAUUAUGGAGUUGGUAAACGGUGGACAUUAUCAGAUAGCCUGCAGUAAAUACUUUGAAUGUUGUCAUGGCGGACAGCAACCUCCAAAUAUGAUCAGCCAUCCCAACCAAUACUUUUCAGACAGUAUGAGUCUUUCAAAAGAGAAACAAGAAAAACAGGAUAAGCAAAUUAAAACAAACUAAUUUUUAAGUUUUGUAUUAAUGGAUAUUUUUUAGCUAUGUAAAAACUUGUAUAAAGCAAUAUUUUACCAUUGUUUAAAAAAGAAUAGUUGGUCAACAAGUCACCACCAUUUCUGUCAGGGUCGCAACGUCACGCGUAACUACGAUAAAUCCAAAAUGCAUAGACACCAAGUUGGAUACGAUCCUAUUCAUAACAUACUAACUCGCAUACAUAUUAAGAAAAAUAAAUAUAUGGAAGAAUAUAUUUAGAAAUUGAAUUAAUAAUGCCAUGCUAUUAUAUGUAUAAUGUAUAGUAGCGUGACAUCAUUAAUUCAGUUUCUAAAUACAUUCUUCCAUAUAUUUAUUUUUCUUAAUAUGUCUGCGAGUUGGUGUGCUAUGAAUAGGGUCGUAUACAACUUGGUGUCUAUGCAUUUUGGAUUUAUCGUGGUUACGCGUGACAUUGCAACCCUGACAGAAUUGGUGGUGACAUCUGGUGACUGACUCAAUUAGAAUCAAACAAAUGUAUUCAUUGCAUUGACCAACUAUUCUUUUUUAGACAAUGAUUUUACAAAAUAAAUUAUUUUCAUUUUUUUAUA